CUUAAUUUUGUGCUUAAGUGGAAAAAGCGACAUGUCGGCUGCAUUGUAAAAUCACGAAGCUGAGUCGACAAAUCGACUUUCUGAUUUUGAGGCAGCUGGUGCACAUUUCUCUGGUUGAUAGAACUUUACAAGGAAGAAAGUUUCAAAAUCUCCAUUGGUUUAGGGUUAGGGUUUUUGUUUUAGGGAUAUGGAAUUCAAGAAUCUUCUCAAGGACAAGAAAUUCUGGUUUGCCUCCUUCCUCAUUGCUUGGGCCGCAGCUCUCCAGGGGCAUAUGAUGUAUUUGCAGAAGCAGGAUUCUUUCAAGCAGAAGUUUGGGACUCCCAAUCAAGAAAAUGAUACUGAAAAAUGAGGCACAAUUUUCAUAUCACUGACCUGCAGCAGGUUUGUGGCCUUCCAUUGCAAAAGCUAUCACUGAGGCUUGUACGGCGCCGGUGAAGCAUAUCAAAGUUGUUAAGGACAGUUGUGCUGGGUAUACUUUUAUUGUAAUUGCCUGGACGAUUGAAGGAAAUAAAAAAUGAAGAGUAAUUUGAUAAUGCUUUUAUAUUUUGUUUCCUUCUUUUUGUUUACUCAUUACAGUUAUUCUUAUGAACUCUUUGGAAAAGAAACAAGUCAUGUGUAUAAAUAGUUUCUUGUUAA